AUGCAUAGUUAUUUUCAGGGAGUGAUAGGAUCAAAUGACAGACCUUGUCAAGGUGGAGUAUUUUUCUUGACAAUUCACUUUCUAACAGAUUAUACCUUCAAACCACCGGUUGCAUUUACAACAAGAGUCUGUCACCCAAAUAUUAACAGUAAUGGCAGCAUUUCUCUUGAUAUUCUACAGUCACAGUUGUCUCGCACUAUUGCAAAAGUACUUUUGUCCAUCUGUUCUCUGUUGUGCAAUCCCAGUCUAGAUGAUCCUGUAGUGCCUGAGAUUGCAAGGAUCUACAAAACAGAAAAGUACAGCAGAAUAACUUUGGAGUGGACUCAGAAGUAUGCAAUCUAAUUAAAGAAAUUAUUGGAUAAGCUCUACAAAUAAAGAUGGGGGAACUCUGAUAGAGAAAGUCCUUUUGAUUGCCAUUUGACUGCUUUCUGUGAGCCCAUGCUUCAUCUUCCCCUGUGCCACAUGGUUACCUGAUACAGCAGUGCUGCGUGUUCUACAUAGUUGGAAGAACAAAAUUGAAAUAUUUUAUUUCUGUGUACUAACAUUGACUGUUGGCAGAGAAGCGUGUGUGUGUGUGUUUAAAAGCUAGUUCUUAAUCUUAUUUGCAAGUUUGAAGUGAAGGAGGAAAAAGGCUGUCCUCUCUGUUUUAUAGCAGACAACAUGUUUCAUUUUGCGUAGUUGAACAUCCUCUAGGAAGUAAUUGUAUCUUUAAGCUUGAUAGUUAUACUUUUUGGGGAGGCAGGAUGUGUGUUCCUGUCUGUGUGAAUGAAUAGUUUUCAAUAAAAUGAAAAAUCUUC